CUCUGGGUACGAGAUUGGGGUUUCCAUUUUUCUGCUGCUGUCUGAAUUUUUAUGCACCUAAAUAUCCUUCAAUGCCCUCGAAAGACCCACAUUUUUAAACAUGGCGGCAAAUUUAAACAAAAUAGCGGACAAAGUUCGGGAUAAUUCGAAAGAAAAUAAACACACAUCGGGAAAGCCGAAAGAAUCAAAGAUGAAAUCUAAAGGAUCUCUAGCGCACCGUCCUACAGGUAGACCGCCAUUUAUGGCAUGGGCCGAACAGGAAAGUAUGAAACAAAGACAUUUUCCUCAGCGUGCAGAGGUUUGCGAACUUUUUAAUAUAAUGUUGAUGACUAAUAAUGAGUGUUAAUUAAUAGAUUUGCUUUGAAAAUGAACAUCUUUAUAAUGGCAAUCAAUUUGUCGGUUGUAUGUCAUUAUUAACAAUUUUAUAAUACCAUUGAUCCAUUUAGUACGUGCGCAACUAAGGGGAGAGGGCUGGAGGGGUCAGGGGUGUAUUAAACUGUGUAAGAAAAUUUCCUGUUUUUGCCCUGUCCGCCUGUCGUACCUGUUGUUCUUUGCGUAGAAGGGGGAGGGAGAGUACAAUUUCAAUUUUUGCAUAAAAAUAGAUGCCUCCAUGUCUGUAUGUUACUUUUUAUAUACAAUAUUCAAAUGAAUAUUAAAGAAUUGAAUUAUUGCAUCAUGAGGAAUUUUUGCUUACAAGAGAUGGGUCAUUGGACGGGUCCAAUUUUCAACGUACACAGGACCAUUAAAUGAUUAAAUUGUCCAUCUUAUCAAUAAAUACUGAAACCGAAGUACAGAUAGUCUGCAAACUAGUCAGAAUAGUGCAAUUAUUCAGGUUCUUGUACAUGUAGUACUAGAUGGGUUCAUUCCUGUUUAGUAUAAUUAGUAAAAUCAGAACAAUAUUAAACAAUUUACUGUAUAUGAAACUAGUAACCUAUAUUGAGUAUAUCCUAUAGGAAUGGACCUAUUCCCUAAUAAACAAAAUUUUGAUCUAGACACGUUUAGACAGAAAUUUUAUCACAGCUUGAAAGAGCAUCACAAAAAUAUUCCGAAGAACUUUUCGUUGCGAAUUGUUGUAAAAUGUGGAUAAUAUUAGCCCUGCGAAGUUUGCCGUUUUUCAGUCAUUUUGUAUUACGCACAGGAAAUUGAUACCGCUUUCUGAAAAAGGGUAUCAAUUUCCUGUGCGUAAUACAAAAUGACGAAGAAUGGCAAACUUUGCAGGGCUAUAUUAUCCGCAUUUUACAACAUUUCGCAACAAAACUUCGGAAUAUUGCUAAUUUUGUGAAUCAGUGAUGCUCUUUCAAGCUGUUAUGAAAUUUUUGUCUAGACUUGUCCUGAUCAAAAUUUUGUUCAUUAGGGAAUAGGUCCGAUCCUAAUUCUUUGUUUGCAAUGAUGUAAUUUUGGUAUUUCAGUUGACAGGCAAGACUAUAACAAAAAACGACUAUUUUAAUGAAUUGAUCGAGUUUAGAGAUUAUAAGUUUAAGACUCAAAAGAUAAAUUACCAUUCAGUUUUCCUUGCUACAGCAAUUCUGAUAGGAGAAAAAAUAAAUCAUCCACAAGUUGUUUGAUUGCCCGUCAUUUGGAUGAAAAGUCGUGUGAUUGCAAACAAAGAAUAGGAAUCCUAGAGGAGAGAUUUAUAGAGACAGUGAUCUCCCAAUAGGAACAAAUGGAAAUUCAAAAGGACUCCUAUAUAACUAGGGUGUAAUUAUAGUAGAAAUUCAGCAUUGAAUCCUAUACAAUUAUCAUGGUAUUAGCAGAGUAUAGUAAAAACUUUGGUGUUACUGUAUAUGCCAUUUUUUCUUGCUAACCAACAGCAAUAUUUUUCAAACAUGUAGUAUUAGAACUGGCUGUCAUGGUAACAUGACAUUUUUUAUUUUUUUAUGUAAAAUUGCAAAAACAGUUAAAAGAUUAUUUAAUAAUUAAAUUUUAAUUACAAAUUUAAAAAUUAUCAAAUUACAAAAUAUAUAAUAUAUAGAGAAUAAUACAUGGGUGUGCGGAAAUACCAGAUUUAUUUCGAGUGUUGAACAUGAUGUCUCACGAGUGAGCGCAGCGAACGAGUGAGAUAUCAUGUUCAACACGAGAAAUAAAUCUUGUAUUUCCGCACACUCAUGUAUUUUUCUGUUUAUUAUAUAAACAAAAUUCAGUGAAAAACAAUAAAACGUCCGUGGCAAUGCGUUUUACAACAAGUGAUAUUUUCACACGUAAAAAUAUCGUAUUUUUUACAUGUGUUUAAAUACGAUUUUUCUCAGUGGCCAAAAACUCUAUAUAACACUUAUAAUGUUUAUAUAAUAAAAAUAAUUAUUAUUCAUAAUAUAAGCUACAAUUUACAGUAAUGUAAAAUAAGUUUUGAAAUGUUCAUUAUUAAAACCAAACUGCUUUUUAUUGAUAAAUUUGAGUUUGAAAUAAAAUCAUUUCAAAUUAUGCAUUAAUUCUCUUAUUCAUGAAAAUAACUAUUUACUACUAUAUUCUCUCCUUUUUAUUUAAAAUUUUUUAAUAAAUAUAUUUUAAAAUAGACUACACUGAAUACGAUGUCUUUUUUGAUACGCAUCAUUUUUUAUACACAUCGUUGUAAUAAUUUAAGCGAGAAAAAACCCCAACUGAAUGUGUAACUACUCGUCCCAUUAAACGAUUUUUCGACCUUAUUAAUAAUUUUUCAAAUGAAUUAGACAGUUGAGAUUUAACCACGUGCCCGAAAUCAUUGAAAGACUUUUCAAGUCGCUGGCACGCUCAGGAAAACAUUUUCAUCCCAGCUAGGCGGGUUGGCCUGGCUCACAUAAACAGCCCCUAAAAGACGCGACAUCCAGACCUAAGUCAACGAAUAGGAGAAUAAGGAGAUAUUUCUUAACUUGGGACUGGAUGUCGCGCAUAUCAAAAGAAAAACUACCCCAAUCUGUGGCUAACGUUAACUGAAUUUCCUAAUAUUUCAUUAACUUUUUGUUCUACUGGCGUUUAUUCAUGCAACACAAUACUAUUUCCUCUACAGAAUAUACUGUAUUUUUUUCUUUCCAAUGCAUUGAAAAUAAUAGUACUCCGCUGCUAAUGAAGAACAAAGAAUAGAAUUCAUUCAAGUAGAAAAGCAACAAAAAUUAAAGAAAUUUCAACAUGAUGUGAGGGAAAGGGUUAAGGCUCUUGAAAAAGUGAAGCAACUACAACAGCUGGAUAAAUCAUAUGAAGCGGUAAGUAAAAUAAUCCCAGGACCAGGUGACUUGAAUAUUAUGAAAAACCGUACUUCUGUCAGAGGCAAUUAGUAGAACAGAAAGGAAACAGGUCUGAUAAAGGAUUAAAGAAAGUGACGCAAACAGAUUUCAAGAUUUGAAAUAGCGGUCGGUCAACGGAUAUUGUCUCGUCAGUUGAUCAUAUUGUCCGUAUAAGAAAUAUAAACUAAGUUAGAGUCAACUGAACCUACUGUACUUGUCAAGAGCCUGGGUACGAGGUUGCCUAGACAUGUUGGGGGAAAAUUGUAAGUAAUAUAAAGUAAAGCUGAAAACAGAUAAAAAGGGAAAGUUGUAUGGAGAAAAGACAAAAUACGCCACAACACGAAGUAAAGCCCUAAAAAUUUGUUUGACAUCCGACCCUAUUUUACGACCCUAAUUUUCGAAGCAAGAAACCAGAACUAAGCAUUUCUUAAUAUGUCUAAAGUGUCCCUAAUUUUUGAAGCAAGAAACCAUAACGAAACAUUUUUUAGACCUAAAGUGUCUAGUAGCUGAACAUUGAAAAAAGAAAAGUGAAGUCAACGGGAGUUAAAGGCACAGUUCAGCCUUUUGAAUGAUGGUUUUUAAGGUUUAGGAAAAUCAAUUAAGCAUAAUUCAAGAUCAGCAAAUUAAACUUAAUGUUUUUAACAUUUUAAAACAUUUUUAUUGUUAAAAACAUUGAGUUUACUGAUCUUGAAUUAUAUAUAAUUGAUUUUCCUAUAGUUAGUUUUUUUCAAUUAAAGGACUGAAAUGCGCCUUAAAAACCAUCGUUCAAAAGGCUGAACUGUGCCUUUAAGUAAAUGAGUAAUAAUUAGACAAGUGAAAUUAGGUCCUGGGCCCGGCUGUUCGAAAGCCGAUUAGCUUAACCCUAGGUUAACCUAAAAUUCAAAGCAAACCUCCCAACAAGCUUGUUUAUAAAUAUGGAAAUAUUUCUUUAGAAAUGUUAUCUGGAUCAAUCGGAGUUCUUUUCUCUGAAAUUUUGAAAUAAACAGACGUGUAGAAAUACAUGAACUAAAACAACAGGUUUAAUUUUAACCGAGGGUUAGCGCUAAUCCAGCUUUGAACAACCGACCUCUGCGGUAACCAAGACAGAACAGGAUUAAGUAAACGGUGAAAAAUUGUGAAGAAAAGGGAAGAAGUAAAUAAUUCAGAAGCAAAAUGAGAGAAAUGAAGUAGGGGAAAUAUAAUGACACAAAGAGACGAGAAAAUGAAAGAACGGUGAAUUAAAACGUAAACGUAUGAGGGACGGAAAAUGAAGCAUGCAGACAGCAGAGUCAAGAAAAGUCAAGGGAGGGGUAAUAUAUCAAAUGACAAUGUAAAAACAAUUAACUAACGUACGCGGUGGGAGACUACCAUAGAGAACAAGCUGCCCUCUCCAAUACAAACAAUACUAACCUGGAAUAGCUUGAAACAUGUCACACACCACGAAGUAAUAUCUAUACUACUUUAUAAUGGCGGUCUGCAAACCACGAAGAAAUGGAGUCAGUAGCGAACCUGCCCGCAAAGCACCCCGCCCGUCUCUGUGGCAGCUGGUCUCCUAAGCACUGGGUGGCUCAGACUAGCCCUGUGACUAGUUUAUUAGUUUUAUUUAUCUAGUAUAUGUAUUCCCCGUUUAUGACGCGUUGAGGUGCAAAUCAAUCAGGGAUGGAGGGAGUUUCGUUGCAACAACGCGUCUGCUGUUUUCUUUUUGUUUGGAUGCUUCGUACAUGUCUGCCAUCUUCGGGGGUAUUGGAAAAAAUAAAUGGAUGGGACGAACGAACGACAAUGGUGCCUGAAAAGCAAUACAUUGUAAUUUCAGGUAACUGCUGAGCAGAAGAUUAUUUACCAGAGUUCAUUUCCAAAGAGAGUAGCAACAAGCAAAAAAGAUACGUGUGUUUAUCGUGAAGCAAACUACGCCAGUUUACAAGUUGGAAUACCCGGUAGUUGUAAAUAUGGUUAUAGCGUAGUAAACGAUCCAGAGGAAGUGAACAUCGCAAGUGAACUGUUGGAUAAGCAAGUUACAAAGGUACAGUAUCCACGAGGGAUAAAAAAUGACAAAGCCUUUAAUAUACAUGUAUAUCCCACGGUGCAUGUGAAUGUCUUGUCUCAAUAAAUGUUAAAGUGCCUAUGUCAUGAUUUGUGUAAUUUAUUAUUUGUAAUCAUUCAUUUGGUAUAUGUUAUGAAGAAAUGCAAUAUAUCUUUAUAAGAAAAUAUUCCAUCUUCACAGGAUUACCAGGUCUCAAAGUUACCGGAUAUGACAUCAAACCGGGAAUUGCAAAUUAGAUUUCUUUUGUUUCUAGCGUAUAAAAUUCCCGAUUUGAUGUCAUAUCCAGUAACUUUGAGGGCUGAUAAUGCUAUGAAGAUGCUAUAUUUUCUUAUAAAGGUAUAUUGCAUUUCUUCAUAAAAUGCCAAAGAUAAAAAAAAAAUUAAAAUCCCAAAUCAUGACAUAGGCACUUUAAAUGUCGCACAGCUCGGUCGCUGUGUUGGGGGAGAAAGUUGUUCUUGUUAAUCAAUUAAUCUUACUGCACAUGUACAGUAGAUCUAUUUUUUAUAUUUGUAAUAAGAAACCACUGUAAUUGGCAGGGCCGCCGAGAGGGGAGCAGGGGGCACUUUGCCCCUGGCCCCCAGUUGACAAGGGGGCCCCAAAGCAACGAAGCCCUUAAAAUUUCUUGUUACAAGAAUGCUUAGCUGAGAAUAUAAAUCCUAUAGUUGCCAUUAAUCAUUGGCAUUCUGCAAUUUGCAAAUUUGCGAUUUUCCCGAGAACUGCAAAUGUGUUUCAUCAUUCUCGAAAUGAAAUUUACUUACGCAGAGUUACGCUGCUGCCUUUUUAUACGCUUGUUUGUUUACGACCUGACGUCAAAACACGUUCCUAACAGACGAGUCAUCCGCUGCACAAACAAACUAUCGAUAUUAGAGGUGUGCAUCGGAUCGGAUUGGACGUUUAUAAUUGACAAUGGACAAUUGCCUAAUGUUUAAAAUCCGAUCCGAAAUUGUCUAAUCCGAAUCCAAUCCGAGUUUUGAUAAAGAAUUCCAAUCCGAUCCGAAGAAUUCUUUAAUAAAAUAAAUUUCUCAUUCAAGUUGAAAUAUUUAACCAAAUAAAUAUAAAAGCAAGAAAUACAAUGUCAAGAAGCUGAUAAAGUGACGUCCAAUUAAAGUAUCAAACGAAUAAUGCAGCGACAACCGCGAUAAUGCUUUGAUAAAUGCAUGGAUAAUUAAUUCAUUUUAUUUCGGAUAUCGAAGUCCGAUCCGAUCCGACUACGAAACAACUUUAUCAAUCCGAUCCGAAAUGAAUAUUUUGGUUCCGAAAUCCGAACGAAUCGGAUCGGUUUCGGAUCGGAUUUUCACACCUCUAAUCGAUAUGAUUAUGCACUGCUAAUGACUCACAUGACAAUUGAGUCACCGUCCCAAACAAUUUGAUAAACAACGUGGGUGUUUAAUAUUUUGACGAAAUAACAUCUCUAUUUUCGGCAAAUUGUCCGUUCGGCAAAAUGUCUUUUCGGCGAAAAGUCUGUCGGCAAAAUGUCCGUUCGGCAAAGUCGGCAAAGUGUCUUUCGACAAAUUGUCCGAGUACCAGUGUCGGGGGCUUAGAGCUCCCAGAAACAAAAGUAGGGGGCUAAGCGGCUACGGCUAAACGUCGUAGUAGGGCCCCCUUGAAACAUUUUUCUCCGGGCUCCGCUCUCGGCGGCACUGAUAAUGGACCAUUCCCCAAUUAACCAAAAUUUUGAAUUCAACAAGUCUAUAGACAAAAAUUUCAUCACAGCUUGAAAGAGCAUCACAAAAUUAGUAAUAUUCCAAAGUUUCGUUGCGAAAUUUGCGAAAUUUAGAUUACAAACGGGAAAUGGUUACCACUUCUUUGCGUAAUACAAAAUGACUGAAAAUUACAAACUUCGCAAGGCUAUAUUAUCCACAUUUUACAACAUUUUGCAAUGAAACUUUGGAAUAUUACUAAUUUUCUGAUGCUCUUUCAAGCUGUGAUGAAAUUUUUGUUUAGGCUAGUUAAGAUCAAAAUUUUGGAAAAGUGGUAACCAUUUCCCGUUUGUAAUCUAAAAUGACUGAAAAUUGCAAAUUUCCCAAGGCUAUAUUAUCCGCAUUUUACAACAUUUCGCAACGAAACUUUGGAAUAUUACUAAUUUUGUGAUGCUCUUUCAUGCAAUGAUGGAAUUUUGUCUAGACUUGUUGAGAUCAAAAUUUUGGUUAAUUGGGGAAUGGUCCAUUGGGGUACCUGGUGGUAACUGGUCCCUAGUCUGUAUGCAGGAAACUGGCGCUUAAAUUGCUUAAUGAAAGAAUAAACGAGCUCAUAUGAAUGACGUUGAUUCUCAUGUCGAGUAUCGAGAUGCACCCUUCACUCUAAAACAAAUUAUGUUGUUAAAAUUUCCUGGGUAACCUAGAAACAGCACUAUUUGAGUAACUUAAUAUUCCUGGUUAAAUUUCUUGGUUAUUUUAUCUCACCUCUUACCACAGUCUGGUUAAUGUUACCAGGAAUCUGGUUUUAUUUGACCAGGACUUCCUGGUUAAAUUAACCAGAUUAGGAUACUGUAGGUGGAUAAAUAAUCAGGAGGUCCCGUAGACAACCCCCUCAAAAUAGCCAGAGUAGUGUUCAAUUAUAUGAAGUAUUCCUUGGGCUUGGAUAGUUCUACGGAACGUCACCCCACCUUUAGGUUACUUUGUCGUUGAUGUUAUAUAAAACAAUGUUUUUCUUAGUCUGUCCUAUUUUUACAGUAAGUUAGUUGUAUACAUAAUUUUUAAGUAUCACAAUCUUCGUAGGUGCAAACAUGUACAAGACACGCACGUAAUGUUCUAGGAUCUCAAAUUUUAAAUAUUGAUACGGUAGGUACACUGGGUAGGUACCUGUUUUUGAAGAUUUUUGAGUGAUGAAUAAGUUUUAGGCUUAUCACUUAUCGGCCGAUAACACUGUCAUUGCCAAAAUCACACUACUCCGCUAAAGAGUAAAGUGGUCUUCCUGUUCGCUUCUCCUUUGCCAACCAUUUAGGCCUAUUUCGUGUACGUGAAUAUCUGCAUGAAAAUUAUCUUGGAUAAUGAGGCCAUCAUGCAUGGCCAUGGAAUUCGUGCAUAAAAAUACAAUUAUUUAGACAGUAAAAAGUAGACAAACAUGCACAUUCACGGUAGCUACAACAUUCAAUGUUAAUAAUAAUAUUAAAACGAACAAUUAUUACCAAAACCAUGGAUUCAUGGAUUCUGUUUGUUUUGUGUUCUUUUUCUUGCAAGAAAAUAUUUUGUGUUCUUUUUCUUGUGUGCUUUUUGAACAGUUCUUAAUGUAAAUGAAAACAUAUUUAUCUGAUCGCGGUCAACAUGUCCGUAUACAGGAUAGAAACAAUUCGGCCAUUUAAGACUAAGACCCCGUUUACACGGUACCGCGGACGAAUUUGGGACCGGUCUGAAAUUCGUCCUUUUCCGCCUGUUUACACGUGAAUUCGUCCUGUUAGGGGGUCUCAAAUUCGUCCGGUUCCGUAGUUCUCGUGUGUUUACACGACCGAAAAGGACGAAUUUCAGACCGGUCCCAAAUUCGUCCGGUACCGUGUAAACGGGGUCUAAGUGUUUUUAUAUUCGGCAAAUAGCCGAUUGCCGAGCGUUAUAAUCCACACUGUCACUGACACUGUGUGUAUGCCUCAAAUAGAUAUAUAGUAUUAAGAAAGGUGCAAUAUAAAUCUUAAAUUGAGUGAGCGAAUUAAUUGAACUGCACUCUGCAGUCUGCAUGUUCAAAUUGUUGAAGUCCUUAGAAGCAUUUAAUAUACAUUACUCAUUAGUAACUGUUGGUUUAAAAGUUUACCUCACUUCAUGUUGGGUUUCGAAAGAUGGAGCUUGAAUGUUUCAUGUGAGUUACUACAUGGUCAUGGCCAUGGGCAUUUAUAAACUCACGAGAGCAGAAGCAGAAAUAUAGUGACAGUGUCGUUGUCUACGGUAUUUUGCGUAUAGUAUAGACUAUAGUCAACAAUAACAUGCCCCUGACUAUUACUAUACUAUACUAUAGGAUCAAUUAACCCAACUUCCUGGAGGAGUUUGGAAUGGACCAUUGACUGCUACGCGGGUAUGUAAUGACAAUGUGCUAUCAAUAUGGCUAUGACUGUGUAGCUGCUAUAAAUCUUUAUAUUUGAUUAGAAAUGAUUUAUUUUAUAAUUAAUGGCUGUUUUUUGAACGGUGAUUUUUUAAUGGCUGUUUAACAUCACGUGAAAUGUGAGCCGUACCAUCCCUUUGCAAUAAAUUAUUAAUGAAUAACAAAACCAAAACAAUGACAAUGUCAAUGCUAUUGAGUAUUGGUUUAUAGUUGGGCGAAAAUACAAUACUCAAUAGUCAAUACACACAAUAUUUUUGCAUGCCAUAAACCUGGACAAAAAUAAACAUAAGUCAUAACUCACACAAUAACUCGUAAGUCUCCAAACCGUAUAUUCUGUUAAGCUAUCGCUAAUAGUUUUACUAUCAAGUAAAUGUGUUUUUUCUAUUUAACUUAUGCAAGUUUAGCUUCCCACGCCAUUUCUAAACGCUCUAUACAUAAACCAUAGCCUAAACCGCCCGUUUUAUUAAGAACACGCAUGUGCAGAAAAAAGUGUCCCACAACAAUUGGAACGUUUUUUAUGCUUUAUAAUAUCCUCUGAAAUGUAUGCGUUAUUUUGUUUCGUAACAAAUUUUCUUUGUAAAACUCUUUAGAAAAUUUUUGGCCCUCGCAGGGCUCUAGAGUCUACUCAGUCUAGACAGGUGAAAAACACAUAAAUCAGGGUUCGUACAAAACUUGAAAGUCCUUGAAUGUCCUUGAAUUUGAAAACAAAAAUUCAAGGCCUUGAAUGUCCUUGAAUUUGUAAAGAAGUACUUGAAUGACCUUGAAUUCUUCCUGUUUUAGUUUUUGGACAUUUUCUGAAAUUGUUUGACAUUCAAGACGGACAUUUUGUUGAACUGAUUUUGCAUGUUCAUAUAUCUGACCUCAUUAUAAAGUUACGUUUUGAACAAUUCAAGUCAGAUUUUGCUGAUUUCUAACGCCUUCUUCUUCAGUAUUUAGUCCUUGAAUUUGCUGAUACAUGGCCUUGAAUGUCCUUGAAAAGUACUUGAAUUUGAGUCUUCCUGACAUGUACGAACCCUGAUAAAUUACUGACUGCUGCCCAAGCUGAGAAGUGAAAUUUCUGCACAUUGUCUCUGACUAUAGGGAGAAGCCAGCAAUGAGGCAGUCACGCAUGUUGCUAAGAAACCACGUCAUUGGAAGUUACCUUCAAAGUCACAAGAAUGCAGAGAAAUAAACUCAACGUUACAAGAUGAAUGUAGAGAAAUAGCGGAUGAAGUCAAAGAUAUGUCCAUGCAUGAACAUGUCUCUGCUAACAAACCUCACGUUUUGACUGGCGCGGUAACAUGCGGCCACGAAUUACAUCAAGACAAAGUUCCAAAGCAGCCCGAACACUCGAAAACAUCAG